UUCAAAAGCAAACUAUUUUAAUCGAAUCAACAAUGGAAUCAGAAGUAGUAAAGGAGAAAAUUCACACCGAACCCAUGCUGAACGACCCUAAAUACAUAACCUUACUUAGUUUGAUUGUGCUUAUUUUUACACUUGUAUUCUGGUGGGUAUUCUCGCGCCGGCGCCAACAGCGGCGCUCGGUGCUGCUCACGGGGCUCUCGGACUCCGGCAAGACUCUGCUGUUUGUCCGGCUGGCCUACUCGCAGUACCGGCAGACCUUUACGUCUAUGAAGGAGAAUGUGGAGGACUAUGCAGUUGGUAGUAAAACCCUUAAGCUAGUCGACUUGCCCGGCCAAGAGCGGCUCCGGAACAAGUUCUUCGACCAGUACAAGAGCAGUGCCAAAGGCAUCGUCUACGUGGUCGACUCGGAGACAGUGCAGAAGGAGAUCAGAGAUGUUGCUGAGUACUUGUACACGAUCCUCUCGGACCCCGCAGUGCAGAGCAAUUCCUCCCCCGUGCUCAUUCUGUGCAACAAGCAAGAUCUACCUCUGGCCAAGGGCAGCCAGGUCAUCAAGGGCUUGUUGGAGAAGGAACUCAACUUGGUCCGUGUGACGAAGUCCAACCAGCUGCAGUCUGUGGAUCCGUCCGCACCGAACAGCGCUUACCUCGGCAAGGCGGGGAAACCCUUCGAGUUCUCACAGCUCAGCAGCAAGAUCGAGGUGGUGGAGGGCUCCGCCAAUGCAGACGACGACGAUGCGCCGGCGCAGCUUAGCGCGCUGCAGGAGUGGAUCUCCAAGCUGUAGGCCGCACGAGUAUACGGACUAUGUGAUGAAUUGAUCAGUACCGACGACACCUUCUAAUGUAAUUACUAAAUGUAGACAGUCGAGCAAAUCUUGUCAGUAAAAAGGCGCGAAAUUCAUAUUUU